CAGGAACCAAACGGCCAAACCCCACGAUAAGCGCCAACCUGGCAACCUUCCUCUCCAACUCACCCGGGUCCAGUCCAGGCCCUCGUCUCCACUUUAGCCCUCUGCUCUACCAUUUCCAGCGAGCCAAGCGCAAAACUAGGGUUUUCGUCGGAGACACCUCCCCCCUACCAUCAGAGCUUUGGCAAUGGCGAUCGCGGGCCAGAGUCCCGACAUCCUUGGAGAACGCCAGUCCGGCCAAGAUGUCCGCACCCAGAACGUGGUGGCGUGUCAAGCGGUUGCCAACAUCGUGAAGUCGUCGCUGGGCCCGGUCGGUCUUGACAAGAUGCUAGUUGAUGACAUUGGUGAUGUGACAAUUACUAAUGAUGGGGCAACAAUACUCAAGAUGUUAGAAGUUGAGCAUCCAGCUGCCAAGGUUCUUGUUGAGCUGGCUGAGCUUCAAGACCGGGAAGUGGGAGAUGGGACAACAUCUGUGGUUAUUGUAGCUGCAGAGCUGCUUAAGAGAGCAAAUGAUCUUGUGAGAAACAAGAUUCAUCCAACGUCCAUAAUUAGUGGCUACAGGCUUGCGAUGAGAGAAGCCUGCAAGUAUGUUGAAGAAAAACUGGCUGUAAAGGUUGAAAAGCUCGGAAAAGAUUCCCUCAUAAACUGUGCAAAGACAAGCAUGUCUUCAAAAUUAAUUGCCAGUGACAGUGAUUUCUUUGCAAAUUUGGUUGUAGAUGCAGUUCAAGCUGUGAAGACUACAAAUGCAAGGGGAGAAGUUAGAUAUCCGAUCAAGGGCAUCAAUAUCUUGAAAGCUCAUGGGAAAAGUGCCAAAGAUAGCUACUUGCUGAAUGGCUAUGCUUUAAAUACAGGCCGAGCAGCUCAAGGAAUGCCUACUAGAGUUGCACCUGCAAGAAUUGCUUGUCUUGAUUUUAAUCUCCAGAAGACAAAAAUGCAAAUGGGUGUUCAGGUCUUAGUCACUGAUCCUAGAGAACUUGAAAAAAUUCGUUGGAGAGAAGCAGACAUAACAAAAGAGCGAAUUGAGAAAAUUCUAAAAGCAGGAGCUAAUGUUGUACUGACGACCAAGGGAAUUGAUGAUAUGGCACUAAAGUAUUUUGUGGAGGCUGGGACUAUUGCUGUGAGACGUGUUCGCAAAGAGGAUUUGCGGCAUGUCGCCAAGGCCACUGGUGCAACUGCGGUUUCCACAUUUGCUGACAUGGAAGGAGAGGAGACAUUCGAUUCAUCAUUUCUUGGAUUUGCUGAUGAAGUUGUGGAGGAACGAAUUGCUGAUGAUGAUGUAAUCCUGGUGAAGGGUACUAAAAGUACUAGUGCGGUUUCAUUGAUACUUAGAGGUGCAAAUGACUAUAUGCUUGAUGAGAUGGAUCGAUCUUUACAUGAUGCAUUGUGCAUUGUCAAGAGGACCCUUGAGUCUAACACGGUUGUUGCUGGUGGUGGUGCAGUGGAGGCUGCUUUAUCUGUGUACCUGGAGUACCUUGCUACAACUUUGGGGUCUAGAGAGCAGUUGGCAAUUGCGGAGUUUGCUGAGUCUCUUCUGAUAAUACCUAAGGUACUUGCUGUGAAUGCUGCAAAAGAUGCGACUGAAUUGAUUGCAAAACUUCGGGCUUACCACCAUACUGCUCAAACAAAAGCAGAUAAGCAGCACCUUUCAAGUAUGGGCUUGGACCUAUACAAAGGAACAAUCCGCAAUAACCUAGAAGCUGGAGUUAUUGAGCCUGCAAUGAGCAAAGUGAAGAUAUUACAGGGAUGAUGCAUAUAAGUGAGGUGCUAUGAUGCCGCUGCUGGAUUGCCACCCCAGUUCCAGUAAUCGAACAAAGAGACUGACAACCAUGUUGCCAAUCAAUUUGUUCCACAACCCUAUUAACUUUUGUUGAAAUACCUCAUUCACAGCUUUUGGUUUAAGUGCACGGAUACAAUAUUUUCUUGUCCCAGUUGUUGAGAUUUUUUCAAAAUGUUUUGGGUGCAGUUUGCAACUGAGGCAGCUAUAACAAUUCUGAGGAUCGAUGAUAUGAUCAGGCUUGUUAAAGAUGAGCAGCAGAAUGAAGAAGAUUAGAUAUUGGUUUGGUGGCCUUAAAUGAACCAGAUUAGCAGUUUUGUGGUUCUCGGUAGUUUGUUGUGAUUCCACUUUAGAGAUGGGAAUUUUUGUGUCAGUGUCCGUCAAUUUUGGUAAUGAUGAUUGGGAUGCUUAUAAACUUACAGUUCCCAUGCUGACACAGGAAAAUGCUAAAGAAAUCAUCGCCAUUUUUCAAUUGUUAUGUGAAUCCUAG